AUGGAAGAAUCGAGUUUUAUUUUCAAUGAAACUGCUGAUAAUAGUAUCGUUGAUGAUUUGCAAUUAGGAGAAAAUUUAGUGAAUACGCAUUUAUCAACUCGACGAAUCAAACAUAUUUGUGUUGUCGAUACUGCUGGAAAUAAUCGUGAAAUUCUCAAUUUGCUUCAGUUGAAUGGAGCUAAUAAAAUGACACUGAAUCAUCUUAUUCAUACCAAAGUACAGAAAAAUUAUGGACAUAAUGGAAACUAUGGAAAGGACCACUUUGGAAUCGAUGUGAUGAAAAAUAUAGGUGACAUCAAAUGCUUAAACGAUCCUAACGUCGUUUACCUAUGUGAUGAUUUUAUUAACUCGACAAAUUUUAAAUAUCUUCAAUCUUGUGGGAAAUUCAUUAUUGGUCCAGCAAUUGUGAGAUCUCGAGCUCUCCAAUCUAAACCAUUAUAUAUUCCACGUCCCAAUCGGCCGCUAUAUUCAGACAGUAUGGUAGGUGUUCGAAUCUCCUUAUCUGGUUUAUCAACUCGACAAUGUCGAGAUAUUGUUGAUCUCGUUCAUUAUAUGGGUGGUAGUGCGCGAAAAAAGUUCUCCGCUUCUACAACACAUCUUAUUACAGAAGCAGCAAUUGGAAAAGCAUAUAGGAUGGCGAUAUCAAUGGGGUGUAUUGUGGUGCACACGCAGUGGAUGUAUGCCGCAUGGGCGGUUAGAGAUGAUAUAACCGUUAGAGUAACUAACAAAGAAUUCGUAAAUAAAUUUUUAAUCGAACCAUUCUGUGGAUUGACUUUAUAUUUUAUUGCAUUUCCUGAUGAUGAAUUAAAAGAUAUGCAAAUGAAGACUUUAGAAAAUAACGGCAAAUUGGCUCAAAGCCUUCAAGAAGCAACUCAUAUUGUUAUAUCUAAUUCACCAGAUGCUAACAUAGAAGGCAUGGAUAAACAAAAUAUUGUAUCAGCAGAGUGGUUUUGGUUAUCUAUUCAACUUGGUUGUUGUGCAAAUGAGGAGAUUUACCAGUGGAGGGGUGCUCAUUAUUUCAGCAAGAAAAAAUCGCUCUUAUCGCCACAUAAAAUUGAACAAAACAAGAGCAUUCGAGAGCCUACGCGUUCUAAUUCGAAAUCUUCAAUGGAUAACCCUGAAAACAGUAAUUCCUCAGCUUUGCCGGAUUAUUCGGAACAAUUUUUGUCUUCUGAGGAUUUGAAUGGCUCAUCAAUUUCAUCGCGAAAAUUUGAUAAACGUCACGCUGUAUGUAAGGAAAUGCUUGAGACGGAAGAAAAUUAUUUGAAGGCUUUGAAAAUUGUUAUACAGCUUUUUAAAGAACCGCUUGAAAUGCAACUAAGUAAUCCUGAAUUGGCUCUUUUAUCGAAAACUGAAAUAUCUCAAAUUUUUUCAAAAAUCCCAGCCCUUAUCGAAGUGCAUGAAAAAAUUCAUAAUGAUUUGCGAACUUAUGUUAUGCAUUGGGCGAAUGAUCGAUUAAUUGGAAAAGUUUGGUUGGAUUAUGCAGCUCAUUUAGAGCCGGUUUAUAAGGCAUUUGUUACCAAUUAUGAUGUGGCUGUAAAUACUUUAGAUUUAUGCGAUAAAAGGCCGAAAUUUCAUGCAUUUUUAAAGGCAGCUGAAAGCCGCCCGGAAUGUCAAAGGAAUCAUAUCGCUGAUUUACUUGUGAGGCCUAUUCAAAGAUUGCCAUCUGUUUUACUUUUAAUGAAAGCUCUUCUCAAAAGGACUGAUCGUAACAACCCUGAUCAUCAUUAUUUGGUUAAAGCGAUGAAAGCGAUAGAGCAAAUUUUGGCAUCAGCCAAUGAAUCACGACGACAAAACGAUUUCUAUACAGAAAUCUUAGGAUUAUCCAGUGUUAUUGACGGAUUUCCUGUAAAAAUAGAUGUAAAUGUAAGAGAUAUUUUUUUUCGCCAAAUUGGCAAUUGUUAUCUUGUUUUCUAUUUAUUUUUCGAAAAUUGUUCUGUUUUUAUUCUUCAGGCUGAAAUUCUUUCGAGUGCACGAGCAUUAACAGGCGAAUUAACUGUAAUUUCGCUUGGUGGAGAAGACGAAUGGUCGAAAACAAGAGGCAAAAAAAUGAUUAUAUUUCUUUUUAAUGAUGUAAUUGAAAUUGCUAAGGUUCGUAGAAAUGGAAAUGAAAAUGAAUAUCCGUUAGCCAUUUCUUCUGCAGGAUAUCUUUCUCGACAGUUUUCAUUCUCGACCUUACGUCAGUCAAAAAAAAGGUUCAAACAUUAUCAACAGUAUGUGCUUACUUCGAUAAGGCAAAUUGAUACAAUUUUAUAUGAUGAAAUUCCUGGAUUGUUUGUUAUUUCAUUUCGGGUGAGCCAAUGUGAGAAUUUUUGGGUGGCACAAUCCUUGGAAAGUCGAAGUGGUGAAACUAGAAAAUUUUUACAAGAUCUAGCGAAACAAAUUUUUUAUUUAUGUGGACGAAAUACAAUUGUUGAAGAAACUCGCUUCGACCACGAUGCUAUGGCAUUGGGUGAUAGUGAUAAAGUGGCGAUGAUCGGCAAAGCUUUGCAAUUCGCAAGCCAUCGAAAGCCAUCUGUAUCGGUAAAUUUCGUUCGACCUCAAGGCACUUUUAGACGAGCAAUGUCAAGUAUGCAGAUUGGACUUUCAAAUACUCUAUCCCGGCUUCAUUCCCGUUCGAAUCUCUCGUCUAUAAAUGAAAAUUCCACACAAAAUAAACAUAAUCUUUCCAUUCAUACAUCACGUGGCCUUAGACAAAUACUUUCUUCAUCAACCUUUUUCCCACUUCGACUUAAGCGUAACGAUUCAGUUUUACAUCAUUAA